AUGGCUGCACUUGUAUACCAACGUCCUACGCUCGACACAGCUGUCCAUCAGCUGUAUCAGAAGUCCAUGUCAAAAGAUAGAGAGUCAGCCGACCAGCCACCACCCUUUCGUGGCGAGUUCUCCUUUGUCAACAAAGAUGCCGGCAACAUCAGUUCCAAAGAUCACAACGCUGCUGUGUCGUGGCACGUCAUGAACCGCUACGAGCGAUGGAAGAAACAGGAGCAGGCCAAGAGGCUGCGAGCAUCUGCGAACGUGCCCGUGGGCCCCUUCUCGUCUCCAUCGCAUCUGCAAUCGCAGAUACAGGCUAGGCAGCAACAGUCUGUUCGUCGAGCCCCGUACGAGAUACCCAAAAGAAGCAGUUUGACUGGGGACACUACCAUGCAGACAAGCGCCACGCCGACGGUCGCUCCGUUGGGAUUCGAUCCUUGGAUAGCAGAGCUACCACAACCACUUCAGCUUGACUACCCCGGCAUCAACACUGGUCAGGCGUCGGGCAGCCGCCUACCGACCUUGUCGACUUCGCCGCAUUCGCCGCAUUCGGAGGACUCGGCCUCUUUACUUGGCGCUAUUGGCACACCGCUGGAUCUUACCGGCAAUCCUUUUGAGUCUUCAGUUCCAUCCAUGCCACCUCUCGUGGACCAACUGGUCGGUUUCGCAUACGACGUUUUCAUCCCCCAAAGCUGGCCCCAAGAAUUCGGGAGAGUGCAAGGAUCGUACGAAAUCCGCAAGUGCCGGGAGGAUACCGCGAUCAUCAACCAAGACAGUUGCUACGCAAAUGCAUAUCUCAGUCUCCUUGCUUCGGCCAUGGCGGGCAUGACCAACGACGAUAAUUUAGCGUGCCAGUCACGCUUUUUUCAAGGCCAGGCCAUGACAGAGCUGAAAAGCCGAGUGGCGAGACCGGGACCCCAAGACCUGAUCACUCUCAAGGCCACUCUCAAGCUCUUCUCAACCGAGACUCUCGUCGACAACACAUCGGUAGCGCGCAUGCACCUCAAAAUGCUUCGGAAACUGGUCAAUGCGGCCGGCGGGGUGAUCAUGACCGAUGCAUGGUUCCGAGAGGAUCUCCUUUCUUGUGACUGCUAUUUCGCCUUGAAAUACGAAACUCGACCUCUUUUCCCGGCCCGAGAAUGGACACCUGGUCCGCUCAGUCAGCCAUGGAAAGCACGCUUGCUGUCUGCGGGCAUUGUCGGGGACCAUGCGGUGGGCCUUGAUCCCCUGAUUGAGCAUCCUGCUAUGAAAGCGGUGGUGACUGACCUGCGCGAGCUGUUCAAAGCUCACGAAUAUAUCCAAGACCACGAUGUUCCUGCCGACGAUCAGUUGCUCCGUUGGCAGCAACUGCGCAAGUUUGACUGCCUAUCGAGGAUCGCAGACCACUACGUGAAUUUGACAAUCUAUCCUCACCUGUUCCAGCGGCCUCACACCCAAGCAUAUGCGUGCGUGGCCACAGCGUUGAUGACGAACAUGGUUUUGGGCUCGCCUGAACCACUCCGGUUUGGCCUGAAGCUCAUCGACAGCCUCCACAAGAAGCUGGACGAAAGUGAAGCCGAGGACGGCAGCGUCCAUCCGCGGCGUCUCCGGUUGUGGGCACUAUACGUAGGUUCACUGGCGGAGAAGGUACAUCCUGUGGGCGCCGGGAAUGAGGGAUGGUUCGAAACCAACUAUCGCGCUCAAGCAGCAGACUUGGGUGUCGCGAGCUGGGAGGACUCGAGAAAGGUCCUGAGGCAGUUCAUCUACUCGGACAAGCUACAUGAGGAGAUAGCGUCAGGGCGAGCGCAUCGACUCGCUGAUUUUAUGAAGGGUCUGUACUCGGCCACUAGCUGCAGCUGGCGGCAACCGAUGCCGGACACAAGCUUGGUAUCGGGUGGGUUUGAACUGGAGGGGUCGCCGGACUUUGGUGAAUCUGGGGCUUCUUCGAUUGCAGCUGGCAAGCAGCGGGAGGACCAUGGGCUGUUUGAUGUGUCAUUUGAUCAAUCACCUCGAGAUUCGAGAAUGCCGCGGGUUCAUUCCUGGGCCCCGAGAAUGAUUGCGUUCGAGGACAGGCAGCACUGCAGGUGA